CAAGUGGGGCGAUGGCGACCUCUGUGCGGCUGGGCACCGCGGCCAAAGUGCCCCUCCUGGGGCUGGGCACAUGGAAGGUAACCGCGGCGAGCCUGCUGCAGCGGGACCCUGCCGCAGCUUCUCGCUUCGUCCCCACCAGGUAAGGUGGAAGCUGCAGUGAUGGCUGCUAUUGAUACUGGUUACCGACACUUUGACUGUGCCUACGUGUACCAGAACGAGAAGGAAAUCGGGGAGGGGAUCCAAAUGAAAAUCAAGGAAGGCGUUGUGAAGCGAGAUGACCUCUUUAUUGUCAGUAAGCUGUGGUGCACAUUUCAUGACAAGCCUCUAGUGAAGGGAGCCUGCCAGAAGACACUCGCUGACCUGAAACUGGAUUACCUGGAUCUUUACCUCAUCCACUGGCCUCUUGGUUUGAAGGCAGGAGAGGAGCUGCUUCCCACAGAUGACAAAGGCAUGUCUAUACCCAGCAACACAGAUAUUCUACAGACAUGGGAGGCCAUGGAAGAGCUGGUGGAUGCUGGUCUGGUAAAAGCCAUUGGAAUCUCCAACUUUAACCGUGAGCAGAUUGAAAGAAUCUUGAACAAGCCAGGGCUGAAAUACAAGCCUGCAAAUAACCAGAUUGAAAGUCAUCCAUACCUUUCCCAGGAGAAACUUAUCAACUAUUGCCAAUCCAAAGGGAUCACUGUGACAGCAUACUGUCCCCUUGGACGCCCUGACAGGGAUAAGCCAGAGAACACUUCCCUUUUGGAUGACCCCAAGAUCAAAGAAAUUGCAGCCAAACACAACAAAACCCCAGCACAGGUUCUCCUUCGCUUCCAGAUCCAGAGAAAUGUGAUUGUGGUUCCCAAGUCUGUCACACCACAGCGCAUUGUGGAGAACUUCAAGGUGUUUGACUUUGAAUUGACUAAAGAGGAGAUGGCAACCCUCCUCAGCCUAAACAGGAACUGGAGGAUCUGUGAAAUGAACAUGUGCAAAAAUCACAAGGAGUACCCUUUCAAUGCAGAAUACUGAAGACAGUUUUAUCCUGCCUUCCUGGAGGCCUCUGCGGUCUAAUGAGCAUGUACUGCUGCCUUGAGUUGUCCACUAUGUAGCUUACACACUGUAUCUCUCCUGCCAGCAAAGGCAUAUUGUGUGUAUUCGGUGACAUGAGGUUUUUCUUCUUUGGUAGAAGGAAAUGGUAAAAUUGUUCUCAAGAACAAAAUAUGGGCUAUAAUAAUUCCCUCAUCAAUAGAUAGAUUAGUCUCUGCAUGGCUGAAAUAGCAAAGCAGAAAACCUGAAGAAUGAACUAGCAACUGAAUAAUUUUUCUUGUCUUGGAUCACCUCCACUUAAGGCUGCAGGGUAAGGACGUGAGCACAGAAGAAAUACCCAUCCUGAAAGAAUUAACUACACAAUCACUGCCUGAAGAUAAAAGACAACAAUUAACUUGACUUCUAGAGCACAGCCCCAAGCUUUCUGGGAAAGAAUAGUAAUUGGGAGAGAUUGCCAUACCUACAGAUGCAUAACAACUCAUACUGGGCAUUGUUUCUGUCACAUUCUUUUACAGACUGAAUCUGAACAGAGAUUAGUGUUCAACUUUAUUCUUAUAUAUUCUUCCAAAAUAAAAAAUACUUAGAUUA